AUGUCGGAGUCUCAAGAUUUGUCGGUGAGGCCAGAAGAGCCAUUAUCGGCGGAUACCCAGGAGAAUGGAAGUGCUAAUGUAACUGGCAAUGCAAGUGAUGAUCAACCCCCAAAUGAAAAGAAAUUGGGGCAAUUGACGUUUGAUGAUUUCGAAAAUAUAAAACGGGUAGAAAAUGCUCCCAACAUGUCAAGUCAUUCUAUGGGACUAAGAAGAUCUAAAAGAGUACCACAGCAGAAAUCAAAGCAAGAUGUAGCUGAUAUCAUGGAACAAGAAGCUGAGGCUGAGGCUGCAAGGAAGAGAAAGGCUCAAUCAACUGCUAAGGCGAAGGCUAGGGCAAGAGAAAGGGAAAGAGAAAGGUAUAGGGCUAAAGUAGCUGCGAUGAAAAAAAAUGAAGCUAGUGGUAAUACGACUAGUAAAAAACCAGCCAAUGGUCCAACUACAAGUUCUGCAGCUCCCGAGAAUCAAGAACCACCCUUAACAAACGAUAAUUGGUCGCCUAAUAUGCCUUUACUCUCAUCAGAUUUCAAGACUCAUCAUAGUGUGAUAUCAAGACUGAAAAAUCCAAAUAUGAAACCAGUUCUAUAUGCUGGUGAUGUUAUGAAAGUAAUGGGGUUUGUUAAUAAAUUUUAUCAAUUUUUUGACACUGAUGUGUUAAAUUUGUCAUUCCAAAAUUUUGAAGUUGGAUUAGAUUUGUACCCUGGCGGUCCAGUCGGUGAAGUUAUUGGAAUUUACGAUGAAACUAAGCAACGCACACUUUUGUAUCAAGACUAUCUUCCAAUUAAAGAUGUGGUGUCCAGUCAGGACAAGAUGAAUCUGUUGUUUUUAACGCUUUUGAAAUUGACUUUUAGUCAAAGUAAAGCUGGUGAAUUACAAAAGUCCCACCAGCCGCUGACGAAUUUAGAUCAAAUGAAAGCACAAAAGAAACCAUUUACCAUGUUGGUGAGACAACUUCGUAAUAGUGCUAGAACUUGGGGGUACCCAAAGGAAUGGCGUAUGAAUGACAUUGAUAAAGAAGAAUUUUUUCAACCAAAAUCCAAACUGUUUGAAAAUGAUGAAAUUGAAGAAUCUGUGGAUCCGAAAAUGUCCGAGAUAUUAACGCCAAAUAUCUAUCAGUGGCAUCAUCAUGAGCCUGUCCCACUAGAAGAGGAUCCUUUACAAUCAUCCGAGUUAGAAAAAGAUGGUAUUCUUGCAUUGAAUCCACGGGAUCGUAUCAUCCUUUUACGUGCCAUGGUUGAUUGGUGUGGUUCCCAAUCACCUAGAAUUCGUAAUGAAAUUUAUCAUCUCUCUCAUACAAAGAGAGAUCCUGCAUUUGGUGUACAAACUCAGCAUGCUCCGAGGUAUCUAGUGGAAGGGUCAGCGGUCACUUAUGCUCAAUUUAGGAAAUUGUGUUCAAUUGUGCAAUCGAGAUAUGAAAUUAGAAGUAAAAAGAAGCACGUCAAAAAGCAGUUGUCUAAUGGUAAAAAGGAGGAUUUGUCAAUAAAACUAAAGAUUUUAGAGGAGAUUAAACAAACACUUAAGGAUAUGCCUAAGGAAGAGAAAGAUCAGACAAUGAUAAAUUUGUAUGAAAAGUGGGAGAAAUUGUUUGAAGGUGAACUACCAGAUAAUCCAUUGAGCAAUCCAUUCGAAGAUGAAGUCUAUAAAUUGAGACAACAAGAAUUUUUCAUCGGUAGAGUUCCACACAUUGGAGAUUUUUAUCUGCCGAGAUUGCAUACUUAUCCAGAUGAAGGUAUCAUUAGUACCUAUAUGAAUGUGAGAAAUUUGAAAUCAAUGCAUGACAAAUAUGCUAAUGGAGAAAUUGAUUCGUUGGCAUUAUUUGAAAAAAAUGGACAAAUCAUGAGUACACAAUUUAAGGUAUUGUACCAUGAUACUAUUUCGUUGAUUCGGGAUACAGCCCAAGGACAACCGACUUUGGGUAAAACUUAUUGGUACGAAAUGUGCCAUGAUACAAAGACUUUAAAAGAAUUUUUAGAAUUUUUGGAUUGUAAAAUUGUUGUUGGUGAAAACCAGGGAAAGGAUUCACAACCUGGGGAGCUAUCCGAAAAUGGUCUUCCAUCAGAGGAAGUAAAAGAUGAAUCAAAAGAUGAAGCAAAGGAUGGGUCAAAAGAUGAAGCACAGGAUGACCCAAAGGAUGAAGCAAAGGAUGAAUCAAAAGAUGAGGCAAAGGAUGAAUCAAAAGAUGAAUCAAGGGAUGAAAAGGGUAAAUCUGGUACUAACUCUAUUUUAAAUAAGAAUCCACUGCCAAAGGAAUCCAGAUUUAAUCCUGCAAGAAACAAAUUGAGAUUUUUAAAAGACUAUCUUUCUGAGAUGUAUGAUAUCUUGAAAGUAUUUGAAGAUUUAAGAGAACAAUAUGGAGAUACGAAACCAAGCCAAAGACUACUAAGAAGAUCACAACGACGUAAUGUAAGUUACGGGUUCGAUAGCGACGCAGAGGAAGCUGAUGUAGAUAUGGGUGAAGAGUAUGUGGAUGAGGAGAAAAAUGUUGAAUAUGAUGAUGAUGAUGAUGCAGCAUUGGAUUAUGAGGAUGAUUAUCAAGAUGCAGAUGAAGAAGAAAGUCGUGGUACUCGUAAAAGAGGUCGUCCAGGUAGACCACCCAAGCAAACAAGAUCUGUCAGGCGUAAUACUCGAAGACGUUAA